AGCUCCUGGGCUGCUCGUUCCAGCCAGCCCCGGGGCAGCCACACUCUCUCAACUCCCCUGUUUGGGGCAAUUUCAGCUCUGUACCCCGUUCUUCCUCUCCUGCUCCCCCCUCUCCUGGUGGUUCAGAGAAGAGGUAUCAACCCUCUGCUUGCCCCCCAUUCCCAGCAGCUGGGAAUUCCUCAGUGCCAAAUGUUGUCCCAGCACAGACACGGGGCUGGCCCAGGUGGGCUCUGAGUGACUCCGGGUUGUUGCUGUGCUGCAAACUGCUCCCAGCAAUCGAAUCUUGCUGCCUUUGUUUCGAACGCAGCUGCAUUCCAGGGACGGAGGCAGACCCGUGUGAAAACAGGGCUUUGUCAACUGCUGUGGGAUUGUUGUUAAUUAGGCGAAAAGGGAAAGGAGGUAGAAGAGAGGAGCCGUAAGUGAUGGCUCAGGGGAUGGCUGAGGUUUGGAGCAGCAGAGGUUUGGAUGAAGAAUGCCAGCCCAGGGAUUAGGGUUCAGGCACAGGGUCUGUCUGGGGAGUGACCCUGCGUGUUCGUUGGCACUGCUGCCUCUCCAUCAAGGCCGAUAUGUGAGAUGGGUGUGUUCUUCAUGGCUCCAAAACUCUAAUAAAUACAUUUCCUCCCCAAUCUUCGAGCUGUUGGGUGUUCCUGGCUUUUGGGAGGUGCUUUAAAUCUGACUGCCAGAGCCGUGGGCUGCUGAGAGCAGAAGCUGCCUGCACGAUGCUGAGCUCAGGUCUUCCUCCCCUGCUCCUGGUGCUCUCAGUGCUGGAGCUGAGCUGGUCCCUGAGUGAUGAAGAAAAGAAAAUCAUCGUGGAUGAGCAUAAUAAAUAUCGCUCCCAGGUCUCUCCUCCUGCCAUGGCUAUGAUGAAGAUGACCUGGGACAAGGAGCUGGAGGCCCUUGCUCAAUCCUAUGCAGAGAAGUGCAUCUGGGACCACAACAAGGAGAGGGGCCGGCGGGGAGAAAACCUCUUUGCCAUGGCUCCAACCCUGGAACUGGAAUUCGCCGUGGAAGACUGGAACGGGGAGGAGAAAUUCUACAACUUGACAACAUCCACGUGUGUCCCCGGGCAGAUGUGUGGCCACUACACCCAGGUGGUCUGGUCAAGCACGCAUCAGAUCGGCUGUGGGGCGCAUUUUUGUGAGAAGAUCGAUGGAAUCGAAACAGAGAACAUGCACCUGCUUGUUUGUAACUAUUAUCCCCCGGGUAACAUGAAAGGCAGAAAGCCCUAUGUGGAAGGACCCUCCUGUACAACAUGUCCCCCGGGCACAGUCUGUGUGAACAACCUGUGUGAACUCGUUGUAGAAGAGACCACUCCGGCCUCUGUGACAACAAAGGCAAGGCCAUCUACCCCAGCCACAGCCAAACCAGAGCCCACAGCUACAGCCAAACCAAAAUCCACAGCUAAACCAGAACCCACAUCCACAGCCAAACCAGAGCCCACAGCUAAACCAGAGCCCACAUCCACAGCCAAACCAGAGCCCACACCUACAGCCAAACCAGAACCCACAGCUAAACCAGAGCCCACACCUACAGCCAAACCAGAACCCACAGCUAAACCAGAGCCCACAGCCAAACCAGAGCCCACAGCUACAGCCAAACCAGAGCCCACAGCUAAACCAGAGCCCACAGCUAAACCAGAACCCACAGCCACAUCUAAACCAGAGCCCACACCUACAGCCAAACCAGAACCCACAUCCACAGCCAAACCAGAGCCCACAGCCAAACCAGAACCUACAGCACCAGUCCACACCACAGCUGAAGCAGAAACCACACCAGUGUCCACCACAGCCAAACCAGCACCUACAACACCAGUACACACCACAGCCAAACCAGCACCUACAACAUCAGUACACACCACAGCAAAGCCUGAAGCUUCAAAACCAGUGUCUACCACAGCCAAGCCAAAACCUACAACCACACUUCCAACCACAACCACAGCCAAGCCACCACCCACAGCCACACUCCCAACCCCAGCCAAACCCAAAGCCCCAGCACAGGCACCCUUCAGCACAGCCAAGCCAAAACCUGCCAGCACACUCCCAACAACGACCUCAGCCAGCCCCACAACACCAGCAGCCACCAUGGCCACAGCCAAGCCAAAACCCACCAUGCCAGCAGCCACCAGCACUGCAGCCAAGCCAGAGCCCACCACCACUAUGGCUGAGCCAACAUCCACCACACCAAAACCUGCCCUAACAACCACUGCCACCAAGCCAACAACCACCACUGCCACCAAGAUGACACCCACCUCCCCGAGACCCACCACUACCACCAAACCAACACCCACCACACCAAACCCCACCACAACCACCCCUACAGCCAAGCCAAAACCAACCACAACUAUGGCCAAGCCAACACCCACCACAGCAAAACCCACCCCAGCUGUAAAUAAGACAAAACUUGUUACAGCCACAGCCAAACCAACACCCACCACACCAUCUACCACCACUACAGCCAAGCCAAGACCUGCUGCUACAGCACUAGCACCUGUCACAACAGCAAAGGCACAACUGAAAACUGCCACGACCACAAAGCCAGAACCAGAAAGACCUGAUCCUACUGAGGCAACUGGGCUCACUCUUUUCUUUGAGCCCACCUUAGACCCAGAUUAUAAACUGUCUCCAGAAGCAGACACUGGAGAGCCUCUUAGCUCCUUCACUACAGAGGAUCCAGCCUUAUCAGAAAGCACGGGCUCAGCCUUCAGCCCCAGACCUGUCCCAGAAACAAAGCAAGGUGUCAAAGAGGACAGGAAAGAGAAAUCAGCCUUUUCCAGCCCAUCUCCAUCCCCCAGCCAAGCUGUUCCAGAGAUGAAGUUAGGUUUCAAUAGAGCUGAGCUCAUAACCCCCUCCGAGUCAGUGGUCCUCAGCCCUGAAGAGCCCACGUUCUUGCGCUUAACAUCAUCCUCCAAAGACAAAAAGGGGCCGAGCCCCCAUUUCCAGACCUCCCUCUCAGCAGGUGCACUGGACACAGAAGAACUGGACACAAACUCAGACCAGACAAGUGCUGCUCCGCCCAACGGUGGAGCCCCCAGCACCUGCCUGGGGCUUCCACUCUUCCUCCUGCCCAGUGCCAUCCUGCUGGACCUUCUGCUCUGAAGGCUCUUCCUCAGCUGUCCCUGCACCCCUCAGCAAGGCUUUUGUCAGCACUGGUUGUUCCACAGCCCUGGUAGGCUCAGGAGACUCCUUGGACAAUUCCCACUGUCCCUCCUUGCGCUGCCUUCUCUGCCUCAGCCCCAGCGAGACAAGGGCAGUCCUGGGGGAGCUUUGUCCCCUUCCUGAGGAGGCCUGAGGGCAGGAGGGUGUUUGCCAUCAUGCUGGUGACCUUGGAUGCUUCUCCUUUUCCCUGGCUUCUGUUCCAUUUCCAGGCUGGAAGUGUUGAGCUCUCCCCACCCACAUUCCCAUGUGGCCGCAGGCCCCAGCACAGCGUGACCUGGGGACAGCAGGGUGACCUGGGGACAAUGACACAUGGGGGUUGGCUUUGGUGUUUGUAGAUGAGACAUGGUGGUUGGCCUUGGUGUUUGUCAGGAUGAGUUCCCAGCAGAAAUGCCCUUUUCCCUCCCCAUAUGUUUCUUUCAGUUCUGGACAAGUUUUACCUCUUUCCCUUCUUGUCCAAACAGAGUGGCUGUUUUGAGGAUUUCUGUUUCCUCCUGGUUCUGGUGUAGCUCUGGCCAGUGCUACCCAGCUGUUCCCCCCUCUCCUCCUCACACUGCAGCAAUUGCCUCCUCCCUCUCUCCUCCUCCCUCUCUCUUGCUCUCUGGCACAUGUCCCAUUCCUCAGUUACUCCAAUGCCACAGAUUUAUUUUACGCCUGUGCCUGCACCUGUGUGCACGCACACAAGAGAAACCUUCAGAGCUGAGAGAGGCCAUCAGCUCCUUCAUGUAGCUUUUCCCUGCAUGGCUUCAUUCUUUGCAUCAUUUCUGUGUAUUUUAAUUUAGAUACAGAUUCCUCUUGAUGUGUAAUUUGUGUGUGUGUGGUGAAGGAGAUCAAGUCCCCAGGUGUGUUGGUACAAUCUGAGCUCCAGAGAUACAAGGGACAUUGUUAGAGGUUGUUGGAGGCUCCUGAGCCUGUUGCAGGACCACUGGCAUUGUCUGGGCCACUGUGUUUUGUUACCCCACGUCUCUCCUGCCUUCACCUGAGGAUUCCCAGUCAGAUGUGUUAAAUAUCUGACAAGCUUUGCAGAAGGGUGGAAGGAAGAUAAUGGGGAGAUACAGCCCCUUCUCUGGUCAUUGCAACCUUUCAUUUCUUACAGAUGAGGUGGAGGAUGACCUGAAGGCCAUUAUUCAGACCCUCCACUGCUGCUCUGUUUGUGCAUCUCGAGGAUGCACUGAAUAAAUCCUGUUGUGAA